AUGGUAAUAGUGGCGAACAAAAUCAUUUUAAAAAUUACUAGAAUCUUAAUAAAAGUAAACAAAAAAUAUUACUCAAGUAAAAUAAAUGUCCCAAAAAAAUGGAAUGAUGAUAAUUCUUUAAAUAAUAAUGAUUUUAAAAAAUAUAGCGAUAAUAACAAAAGAGGUAGCUAUUCUAAUGAAGAAAAUAAAAAAAUAGACUGUAUUAAUAAUUUAAAUGAAUUUUUAGAAAACAAUAAUAAGUUGGAAAUUACAACAGGAGAAAGUGGAGAAAACUUUUUAAAAAAAAGAAAAAGAAAAAAAAAAAUAAUUAAAUAUAACAGAUCUAUAUUUUUAAGAAAUAUUGAAAAGGAAACCAUGUCAAAAUUGAAUAUACAUAUUGAAGAACUAGAUUAUGAAAAUAUAUUUAAAUAUAAGAACAUAAAAAAUAUUAUAACAAUUAAAAAUAAAAGGGAAAUAUUAAAAUAUUUAAACAGUUCUUUGUUAGGUGGUAAUAAAGCAAAAUAUUAUAUCUUAAAAGUAUUAAUGUUUACCAUUGUUGCAGACAUAAAUAGUUAUAAUAUAAAUGAGUUAAUAUUUAUAUUGCAUAUUUAUAAAAAUAACAAUAUGUUAAAUCCUUUUUUAAUAUUACAUAUUACUAACAAAAUAUUUGAUGAUGCCAAUUUAAUGAGUAUGCAUAUUAAUGAGUUUAUUUGCUUAAUAGAUAUUUUAAAUGUACCACUUCUUAUUACGAAUAAAUUUGAAAAAAAUGUAAAUUAUUAUAUAAAUUUAAAUAUAAAUAAGUUCAAAUUUAUGGAUUAUUUUAAUAUAGGUUACUUUUUAGCGAAGAAUAAUUUGUAUAAUGAAACUGUAAUGAACUUUAUUUCUCAUUUUUAUGCUAAUCAUGCAAAUAUUUUGUUGUGUUAUAUUCUAAAUGAGAAAAAUAAAAAUUUAGUUGAGAAUAAAAAUAAUAAAAAAGAAAAUUUAAUGAUUAAAAUAUCACAGGAGUCAAAAUAUGACAAAAUGGAAAAUAUAACGAAAAUGUUAGAAAAUCAAAAUAGUGAUAAAAAAUUUAAAAGUAUAAUUACAGAAAAUAAAAGAAAGAUGUUGAAUAAUUUAUUUUAUAAAAAUAGAAACCUAUAUUAUUUUACAAAGCAAAUUCACAAGCAUUUAUUUAUUUUGUCAAAAUAUGGGUACAAACAUAUUUGCAUAUAUAAUAGCAUAUUAAGGAUUAUAAUUCUAAGAAGUAAUUAUUUAAAACCGUUGGAAAUAAGUUCUAUUUUAAUAUCACUAAAAAAUUUGAACUAUUUUAAUAGUUUCUUAUUUAAAAAUUUAAUAGACAAUAUAAAAAAAAAUUUAAGUCAAUAUAAAACUAAUGUAUUAUUAGAUUGUUUAAAUGUUCUAUCUUUUUUUAAUUAUAAUGAUAAUUCUCUAAUAACGAAAAUUUUAGUAUCAUUACCCAGAACUAUAUCAACUUAUACAUCAAAUGAUUUUCUUAAAUUAUUAUUUUUUAUGAAUAAUUUUAUUCCUUUUUCAAAAUAUUUUAGAAUUUUUUUAAAUCAAAAAAUUUUAUAUUUCUCCUCAAGUUUUGGUAUGAACCACCUAAUUUUUCUAUUAAAAAUUUUCACUCAACAAAAUAUAAUAUGCAAGCCAAUUUUCUGUUUAUUAAAAAUCAAAUUAACAAAAUUUCUUUCUAGUUGUAGUGAUACUACAAAUUAUAAUUUAAUGAAAGGAUACUUAAAAAAUACAAAACAUUAUAAAUUAUGUAACAUAAGUUUAAAAAAUUUAUUUGAUAUCAUUCAAAUAAUGAAUUUUAUGUCAAUAAAUGAUGAAGAAUUAGUUUAUAAUUGCUUAAAAAGUAUGUUUAUUAUUCAAAGUAAUAGUGAUAAAUUAGAAUUGGAUGAACUAAAAUAUAUGAUAUAUUCUUGCUGUUAUUUCAUAUUAAUAAACAAUAAUUAUGAUAGUUUUUUAACAAGUAAAUUAUAUCUAAAUAUACAACAAUUUUUUUGCUUUUUUGAUCCAUAUUUAAUAAAAUUUGAUAAAAAUAUUCACGGAAAAGAGAAUUCUAGAAACAUACAUACAAAUGAUACCAUUAAUUUUAAUAAGAAAGAAAAUAUUUUAGUUUCUUUAAAAAAUAAAAAAUUAGAAAAAAAAAAAAUUAUUAACCAUGAAUAUAAAUAUGAUAAAAAUUUGAAAAAAAUAAAAGAUAUGCAAAUAGAGAUAGAUAUGUAUACAACAAUCAUACUAACAUUUAUCACAGAGUUCGUAUAUCAUUAUUAUUAUUUAAGAAAGGAGGAAGCCAAUUUAUAUAAUUUCGAUACUAAAUAUAUAAUAGACAUUUUCAAAAGAGUUGAAAAAAUAAAAAAAAAAGAUAGUAGCAAUAAUUGUAUGCUUAAAAAGUUUUUUCCUUUAAUAUAUUCUACAGACGUAAGCAACUUAUUUUUAAAAAAAAUUCCAGUCAAUAAUUAUUAUAUAUCUACUUAUUUUUUAGGGUUAUUUCAAAAAUCCAGUGAUUUCAUAGAAAGUGAACACAUGAAAAGAGAAAUGAUUUACCACCAAAAUUCACUAAGAGAAAUUUAUGAAAUACUACAGAGUAUAAAACAAAGAAAUUACUACUUUAAAUUUAUCGAUACAACAAAUAAAAACUCAAUUUUUCUAUAUACUCACUAUAUAUUUGUAAAAAAUUUGAAAGAUAAUAAUAAAAUGGCUAUCUUAUAUGGAACGAAAAAUUAUUAUUUUACUACAAUAAAUAAAUUACAAACUGACUUAAAUUCAAGUGAUAUAUCGAGCAUAUUUGAUACCAAAUUUUUAACAAAACCAGCUAUAGCUCAAUUACAAUAUUUUAAAAUAUUUUUUAAUGAUGUACAUUUAAUACCCUUCAAAAUUUGGAAAAAUAUGAACUUGGAAAAAAAAAAGCAAUUUUUUGUAAAUUUACUUAAUUUAUGA